AUGAAUGCUCUCUUAGAUUACGGUUCAUCCUCCAAUGACUCUGAUGAAGACUAUACUGAAAAUGAAAAAUCACAAGCGGAAAAUUCGAAACCAAAACUCCCGAAACCCACAAUCGGGGAGAGCAGCUUACAAACUUCGGUGUUCUCCAACCCUUUCGUCGAAGCCGAGUUGGCAAAGGCCGCUAUACUUGAAAAACAUGUCAAAAUGGUUCCAGGUAAAGACAACACACAGAUGAUAAAUGGCAAACGGAUAUGCUGGAACUACAGGAAGGGUCGUUGUCGUUUUGGUCACAACUGCAAAUAUGCACAUGACACUGACAUACAGAAAUCUCAAGAAGAGAUAGAAGCAGAUAAACAGAAGCUCAAAGCUGUUGUAUGCGAAGGUGUGGGAACAAUGACAGCAGCCCCACCACCACUGGCCAUCCUCGACCCAAUAUCACCCACCGAUGAUGCUCUCUGGGAAGGUGGAGCAGACAAAAAGAAACUAAAGAGGCCAGGUCUGAGCCAAACACUGGUGCCUGGCAAGAAGGUCCUCAAAAUGUAUAAAGAACAAAAAAUCAAAGAUGCCAAUAGAAAUUAA